AUGGACGCUGUCAUCUACACUGACGCUGAUGUCCUGUUCUUAAGUCCCAUUGAGAGGCUAUGGCAGCACUUCGCAUCCAUGAACAGCUCCCACCUGGCAGCGUUGGCGCCCGAGAGUGAGGACAUUGCAAGCAACUGGUACCGGAACUUCGCCAUGCACCCCUUCUAUCAACCACUUGGUGUCAACUCGGGCGUAAUGCUGAUGAACCUCACCCGCAUGCGGCAAUUUGGCUGGGAGGAGCGCAUGGGGCCACUGCUGCAAAAGUAUGGCGGCAACAUGAGCUUUGGCGACCAGGACCUCCUGAACAUCUUGUUCAGCGCGCACCCUGAACGCCUGUUGCUGCUUUCGUGCCGGUGGAACUACCGGACCGACCACUGCGACAACGGAGCGUACUGCACCGCGGGACCGCCGGCUGUUGUCCACGGAUCACGCAGCGCCUUCCUCAGGCCCUCGCAGCCGGCUUUCUGGGAACUUCACCAGGCUAUGCGGCAGGUGAGAUUGGCACUGCUUGUGCAGUGCAACCCACCUAAAUAA